AUGCAAGCAGCCUUAGAUCGAGCAGCUGAAGCGGCCGAAGCGCUGAGAGUCACGAGGUCUCAUUCGGUGGCAACUGGGCAAGCUCCAGGCCCGCCAUUGGCGACCCCAAGACGCAAUUCGAACAAGCAACCAACCUUGCCACCACAACAACCACCACCACCUCCUCCACAUCCUCAACCCCCGGCGAUAGAAAUUCCAGACGACGUCGAUGACCUAGACGGCGACGAAAUCACAGAGGGAGACGGAAUAGGGGAGGUAGAUGGCGAUUUACACCGUCUGGACGACGGCCCCCUGCUAGAAUCAGACGAGGAGGACGACUCCUACGCCCCCCCUAGAGAUAAAGGGAAAGGUCGACGAGAUGAUACCUCGCCCACCCCUAGCAAUUCAGGAUCCGGAUCAGCUUCCUCGCAACGCCUUCACUCGGGCGAAGGUAAAUAUAUCUCACCUUCUUACUCCUUACCCUACCCUUUCACAACCGCGCUCCUUCCCUCUCUGUCUAUCUUCCACCUCCAUCUACCAUCCUCACCAAACCGGCCAACCUCGCAUUCGCACUGUGUCACCACCAAGACUCGACGGAAAGCGCAGGAAGCGGAGCACAUAUACUCCCAUGUGGGCGGACUGCACCAGACGAGAAGCAUGUCCAUGAUGCCCGUAGCGGUCGGGAGGCCAGGACACCCAUGA